AUGUAUCAAAAAUGGGCUGAGAUUGUAGGAGAUGAAAGUUUUACUUUUGAAAAUCUACUUCCAUAUUAUAGGAAGUCAUGUCAUUUGACUCCACCGGAUACUGAAAAGAGAAAUUCAACAUCUGCAACUGUUUUAUACGACCAUAGCGGCUUUUAUAACUCUAUUGGAGGUCCCUUGCAAGUUUCCUGGAACAAUUGGGUUGAUCCCACGAUAGAAGCACUUGCACAAGCUGUGCAGUCUAUUGGCCUUCCCGUAAGCACAGAUGGUUUUAGUCGUGGUUCUCUCCCAGGUCACGGUGUUUGGGUACCUUCCACCAUCGAACCAAAGCACGCUGUACGAUCAUCUUCACAGUCAAGUUUCUUAAAAGAGGCUAUUGAGAAUACAGAUAUUAUGGUUCAUGCGCACAGUCAAGCAUUGAAGAUUCUAUUCGAUUCUGAUUCACCAAAAAGAGAAAAUGCUGUCCAGGUAACGACAUCUGGAUUCGAAUAUACUAUCAAAGCGACAAAAGAAGUCAUCAUAUCAGCAGGAGUUUUUCGCUCGCUGCAGCUACUUAUGGUAUCUGAAAUUGGUCCGCGAGCUGUACUCGAGCCUCAAAACAUCUCAUUGAUUUCAGAACUUCCAGGAGUCGGACAAAAUCUUUGGGAUCAAAUCUCAUUCACUGUACUAAAUCAAGUGAACACAUCAAGUGCCGGAAGUAUUGUAGCGAAUCCAGACAACUCUCCUGAGAUUUUACAACAAUAUUUCGAAAAUGCCACAGGGUCGUACAGUUCAGCGGCUGGAUACCUAUCUUUCGAAAGGAUUCCAGAAGAACUGCGAGCGAAUUUCUCACAACAAACAAAAUUAUCACUAGAAUUCUUCCCAUCUGACUGGCCGGAAGCAGAACACGUCGGAGCAGGUUUUGCAGGUGAUAACUUUACUACUACAGGUGCCUUUGCUGGAUUUCUCACAGCGCCCCUUUCACGCGGGAAUAUUACUCUCAGCAGCGCCAGCAUGCUGGAUCCACCAAUAAUCGAUCUAGGUUGGUUGAGCAAUCCUGCAGAUUCUGAAUUCGCCGUAGCGAUAUUCAAACGGGUUCGACAAAUUUGGGAUAGCGAUCUAGCUAAAUCUAUUAAGAUAGGCUCUGAGAUUCUUCCGGGAUUAGCAGUACAAACAGAUGAAGAAAUUUUGGAGUAUAUUCAACAGAAUUCGGCACCGAUGUGGCAUGCUAGUGCAACGUGUGCGAUGGGGAAAAUGGGAGAUGUGAAUGCUGUUGUGGAUUCGAGGAGGAAGGUGUUUGGGGUAGAUGGGUUGAGAGUGGUGGAUGCUUCGAUUUUUCCUUUUGCGCUGCCGGGUCAUCCUCAAGCUUCUGUUUAUAUGAUUGCGGAGGAGAUUACGGAUGAUAUAAUGACUUGGAGAUAG